AUGAUGCGGCAACCAAAACCCCGCAAACAUGGGCGAAACAACUCCUGCCAACAGGCAUAUGGCAGUUGCACAAACAGCUUUGUGGUCCCUCUGAUUCCAUGGCCAUUUCCGACUCCUCAAUCCACUCCAGCGCCAUGGGUGGUCGAGAAGGACGAGAGGCCGGCUGUGGAGGAACCAAAACCAAUACCUGUUGUCCGUCUCUCUAGUGAUACUACGGCGUCUUCGAGUAAGGUUGAGGCAAAUAAGAUUGAGACAUCAAAACCAUCGUUGUCACCCGAACUCCAGGCCGCAAGAGAACGAGCCUUAGCAUCGCUCAAGGCCGCACGAGCAAUCCGCUCUCAGUCUGAAGAGAGAGAGAAAGAAAAGGAAAGGGAGAAAGAGGCGGCGCUACAAGAACUUUGGAAACAAUCUAAAUCCGAGUUUAUCGAGUUCUCUUCACGACGACGGAAACAAUUUAAAGAAAGCGUAAUUGAAAACCAGAAACUCCAGCACAAGAGGGCUAGAGACAUGGAAUGGGCAGCAAUUACGAGACGAGUUAAGCGUAUCGAGACCAACAUACGAAAAGAGCGAGAGAGAGAAGAGAGGCAGAGAGAGAUGGAGGAGAAGCAGAGAGAGGUGGAGGAGAGGAAGAGAGAGAUGGAAGAGAGGCAGAGAGAGGUAGAGAGGAAGCGAAAGAUUGAAUUGGCGGAAGAGAUUUGGAGGAAAGAGAACGAAGAUGUUGUGGACUAUGUUUGGGAGCUGUGA